AUGUCGUUCCCCUCUUUUCCCAAGUUUCCCAAGUUUCCCGCUGAGGUCCAAGACAAAAUAUGGAAAGCGUACAUCUUGGAAGCAAACAAAAGUCGACUGGUUCUUAUGGAUAACACCACAAAGUGUAUCAUGCCUACAAAAUCUCUAACUUCCCCUGCCUUGUAUACCUGCGUCUCGUCACGCAAAGCUUAUUUAGACAUGUAUCACGUUAAACUGCCUGUCUUUACAGCAUUUAAGGAACCCAUAUUCCUAGAGGACAUUGACUCGGACAGCGAGGACCUAGACACACAGAGUGAAGAUAGUUUUGUGCCCGAUAGUCGCGUACCAGUCGGAUAUAUUUAUAUCAACCUUGACCGCGACAUUUUUCUCUUGUCCUGUUUCUGCCGAGACGAUUUCAACCUAGGCAAGCUAAAGCUUGCGGAUAAUCAGAGAACGACCAUCUUGUUCGAGAGUGCAUGUUUGCCAGCAUGGCGUCGCAAUCUCAUGAAACACUUUAUGGAAGUCAAAGUUCGCUCUCGUAAAGGAACUCCCCGUCGGAUUUCUAAUCUGGUAGAUGACAAUGACCACGAUUUCAGUAGCAAGGAAUACAGCCUGCGUCAAACCUGCCGCCAUAUUUAUUUAUUUUCCAACCGUUGUCACCAUCAGACUCCCCUUGAUGACUGCCACAGCCGUCGUUUGUUCUUAGACGACUUGAUGACCCUCUCGGGCGAAGAAGUGUUGAAAAAAUGGGAUUCGCAUUCGUUUCUUUACGAAGGCAUAAUGCUGAGGCAAUCUUCAUGGGCAGACAUGUAA